AUGACUGUGCGGAGCACGUGCGCCAACCAGCAACUGGCGGACGCUUUGGCGGACUCCUGGCCAAUCCGGGCGGUGUCGGCGGAAGAAACUGCAGGCGCGGGCACAGGCGGCGGAAGCGCGGCUGCGGCCGCGGCAGGCGCAAGCAGUUGUGCGGAGUUGAGGACCCAGCGCGGGGAGGCGGAAUCGACCAGCUCGGAGGCGUGGGCGGAAGGAUCUGGCUCGUUGCGCGGGGGAACUGCGUCAGGACAAAGCCGCGGCGGGGGAGAGAAACGACCGGUGGCGCAAGCGUUUGCGGCAUUGGCGGCGCCAGCAGCGGCGGAUCCAUCCGAACUUUACAGCGAGCAUAACGCAUUCGUUUCAGGACGACUCGUUAAUAGCCAGCUGCACCCGUCUGGACUCGCCCUUUUAACGGAUCAGUUAGCGUCAGGAGAAAGCAGCGAGGUUAAUCCUGACCGUCGACUUGCGGAUCUGGGAGAGUUUCCGUUGGGUGACGUGGAAGUGGCCGCGUCUUGCGGGCUGAAGAACACGUGGCAGAGCGGGAGCAAGCGGCGAGCUGCGCUGAUGGAUCUGACGAAUGUGACUGUGCUUAAUGGUGAUGAUAACGGGGGGGUACGCGCGGGCAGUUCGGGAGAUAAUAGCGGGGGAGAGAAGGCGGGACGGAGGGAGAGGAUGAAUGGAGAGGGAGGGAAAUCAAGCGGGAAGAGCGUGCCGCGGGAAAGAAACGAUAUCGGGGAACGAAGAAGCGGGAAGGACGUAAUAGGAGUAGGAGAAAGGGGACGAGGCGACGGCGGAAGCGGCGGCGGAGGCGGAGGAGGAGGCGGAAAAGGAGGAGGAGGCAAGGCAUGGUGGGAAGAUCCAAGAAGCUUCCCAGCCAAGAGAGCAAGGGUCGUCUCCCCCUCGCCCCCCGCACUGCGCGGGCCACCACAGGAUCCAGCUGAUCCAGCUGCGCAGAAUGCAGCAUCUGAUGCCGCCCGUCCCGCAGAAGAAUCAGGCGCAGCAGCGGGAGCAGCAGGAGCAGCAGGAGCAGCAGGGGCAGAAGGGUCGUCCCCCCGCCAUGUCUAUGUGUUUGGACGAAGCAUCGCCACUCUCCCCUCCUCUCGCCCCUCUCGCCCCUCUCGCCCCGCACCCGCCCCCUCCCCCUUCCCCGCGCCCCUCCCGCGCACGCUCCCCCCUCCCCUCCCCCCUUGCGCGUCUGCAUCGCUAUACCCGCCUGCACUCCCCUCUGCGCCUACCGCCUUGCCUCCUGCUGUGCCCACCGCCGCUGCUCCUUCUGCAGCCACUGCGGCUGUAGGAACAGCAGGAGCAGCAGGGAUAGCUGCUGCAGCAGAUGGAGCGGGAGCAGCGGGAGUGGGGCUGUGGCAGUGGCGGGAGCAGUGCUUCCUGCUGGCGGCAGAGGAGGAGGCGGAAAGGAUAGAGCCCCCUCGAAGCCCUCUCACUAGACCAUCCAUGGGCCCCGAGAAGGGCGCGUGUUUUGAGGCGCCUCAGAAGGGCGCGUGUGAGUGGGGCAACGCCACAAGAGAAGAGAAGAGAAAUUCAAACGGUGCGUCACGGGGGGGCGCUUCAAGAGGAGGAGAAGACAGCCGAGGGGAAGAAUAUUCAAAGUCACCUCGACCUGUUUCCGCACAGCACAGGAUGGAAGGCAGUGCGCAGGAGGAGCGUGUUGCGGAGGAGGGAGGGGACGAGGAGGAGGGGAAAGAGGGAACGAAGGAGGAGGAGGAGAAGGAGGAGGAAGGCGCGGGUGAGCAUCAGCCCCACGUGCCACCGCCGCCCAUUAUAGACAUAGACACCCACCACAGCGACCCGCAAUUCUGCACGCCUUAUGCUGCUGACAUCCACGCCUACCUCCGCAUUGCCGAGCGGCAGCAGCGGCCCACAAUGGCGCUGGAGGAGGGGCGGGGGGGCGACAUAAGCGCGGCGAUGCGGGGCAUUCUGAUGGACUGGCUGGUGGAGGUGGCGGAGGAGUACAAGCUGGUGCCCGACACGCUCUUCCUCACCGCCGCCUACAUCGACCGCUUCCUCUCCCACGCCACCGUCACCCGCAACCACCUGCAGCUCCUCGGCAUCGCCUCCAUGCUCAUCGCCUCCAAGUACGAGGAGAUAUACGCACCGCAGGUGGACGAGUUCUGCUACAUCACGGACAACACGUACCGCCGCCACGAGGUGAUCGACAUGGAGUGGCGGGUGCUGUUACAGCUGAACUUUGUCCUUGCCACGCCCACCACCAAGAGCUUUCUCAGGAGGUUCAUACGAGCAGCACAAGUGACUCUACAGGCCCCAUCACUGCAUCUGGAGUUUCUGGGAAACUUCUUGGCGGAGCUCACACUACUGGACAGCGCGUGUGUGGGCUUUCUCCCCUCACAAGUGGCCGCUGCAGCUGUCUUCCUUGCCAAGCUCACGCUCUUCCCCUCGCUACCACCCUGGACGCCAACCCUGCAGCACUACACGGGGUACAACGCGUGCGAGUUGGAGCCGGCAGUGCGUGUGCUGCAUGCACUGCACGUCGCCGUGCCGUCCACCACUUUGCCGGCCAUUCGAGCCAAAUACAGCCAAACCCAGUUUCAGUGCGUUGCCUCCAUUCCUCCAGUAUCCCCCGCUGUCCUCACAGCUGCCUUCUCACCACCUGCUGCCACCACCUGA